AUGGGUCGACUCAACGAAUACCAGGUUAUUGGCCGAAAGCUGCCUACCGAGGCUGCUCCCGAGCAGAAGCUCUACCGAAUGCGAAUUUUCGCCCCCAACGAGGUUGUCGCCAAGUCUCGAUUCUGGUACUUCCUGACCCAGCUCAAGAAGGUCAAGAAGUCCACCGGUGAGAUUGUUGCCAUCAACAAGAUCUCCGAGAAGACCCCCACUAAGGUCAAGAACUUCGGCAUCUGGAUCCGAUACGAUUCCCGAUCCGGCACUCACAACAUGUACAAGGAGUACCGAGACGUUUCUCGAACCAACGCCGUUGAGAUGCUCUACCAGGACAUGGCUGCCCGACACCGAUCUCGAUUCCGAUCUAUCCACGUCCUCAAGGUCGUUGAGCUCGAGUCCGAGGAGGACGUCAAGCGACAGUACGUCAAGCAGCUGCUUGCCCCCGAUCUCAAGUUCCCUCUGCCCCACCGAGUCCAGAAGAGCCGAAACAUCUUUGCUUCCAAGCGACCUUCUACCUUCUACUAA